AUGCUCCCCGGUAGUCCCCUCCGCGUGCUGCAUCUGUUCGUCCGCCGAUCUCUUCGGCGUGUGCACUCCUUCCCAUCCCUCUCCUGCGUGGGUGUGUCCGCGGAAGUUAUCGUGCGCCACCUCAACGGCCCCGCGCACCCUUCCGCCGAUCCCAACGCCAUGCUCCCCUUCUGGCUCCCCAAAGCCUCUUCCGCCUCCGGCGCACCCGUCAGCGCCGGUGCAGUCGCGCUAGAAGGAGGGCCGGCAGGAGGGGGGGCGGAGGCUGCUAUCAGCAGCAGCGCGGGGGGGGUCCAGGGCGGGGAUGCUGGUUGCGCAGUUGGGGGUGGUGCGGAGGGGUCGGGGGAGAGGUUGAGUAUGGUGAGCUGGCUGGAGAAGGAGGAGGUGCGAGUGGCGGCGACGGAGAAUGGCGAGCUGAUCGCAGUGGCGCUGGGCAGCACGCUCGUCAUUGCGGACGGACAUGGCGCGCACGAUGGCAGGCCAGUGGAGCCAGUGAGUGUGCGGCCGGCGUGUGACAGUGACGACGCCAUAACAGCCCUGGAGUGGAUCACCUUCUCCGCCUUCAACCACCGCACCACGUCCGCCUUGGCCUCGCCCAACCGCCCGCCUGGCGCCUUCAUGUGUCUCGCCGUGGGCACGACGCUGGGCUUUGUGCUCGUGUACUCCGAGACAGGCAUGCUGCUCGCCAAGCAGAUGGUGCACACGGAGGCGGUGGUGCGGCUGCGAGUGCGCGGCAUGGAGGCGGGCAUGGUGCGCAAUGAUGGCACACAGGAGCUGUGCGCCAUCACACGCAACGCCACCUGCGUCAUCAACUCCGUGCAGCUCCAGUCGGUGCUGAAGCAGCGUGUGAUCCAGCUGGAGGACACCGUGGCCGCCAAUGUGUCGCGCGGCUUCGCCUCUGCGCUCAGCUUCAUGGGCGCGGGGCGCAAGGGCGGGCGAGACGAGGAGGGCGGCAGUGGGUCCACGCUGGCGUUCAAGAAGUGGCGCACAGGCAGGGCCACCACCAAGUGGAGCGACGGUGCUGUUGCCGGCACCUUCCCCUCGCCUCUCUUCCAAGUGCAGUCCCCCAAGCAGUCAUACUGCAUCGUGGCCGUGGGCCUGGACCCCACACUCGCUGCCUUCGCCGCCACGGAGCAGGGCGGGUGGGUGCAGCUCGCCACGAACGCGGCCAGCAACGUGCGCUCCCGUGCUGCCUCUGCUGCCUCCGCCCUCUCUCGCUCCAUCUCCCGCACCCGCCGCUCCACCUCCCGUAUUCCCGACACCCCUUCCUCCUCCUCCUCGCACUCCCAGCCUCCCGCGCAGCAGGGUCAGGCCCAAAGCGUGCCGUCGUCCCCCACGGUGCAGACCUCUCUCUCGCGCACCAGCUCCAACUUCUCCUCGCCCCGCUCCACCACCUCCUCCUCCUCCUCCUCUUCCUCCAGCAGCCGCACCAGCAGCGGCAGCACCAGCAGCAGCAGCAGUGGCGGCAGCGGCGGCGGAGCAGAGGAGCAGGAGGGGAGAGAGCGGGUGGUGCCGCGGGGGGCGAUGGAGGUGGGCAGCAGCAUGGGCGUGGUGGCAGCGCUCAAGGACCACUCGCGCCAUGCCACGCGCCUGGCAGUGGCGCCCAGGGGCACACUCAUGGCCAUCGCUGACAACCUGGGGCGCGUCAUGGUGCUGGACUCGCAGAUCUUCGCUGUCGUGCGCAUGUGGAAGGGGUACCGGGAGGCGGAGCUGGCGUUCCUGGAGGUGCCCAUAGUGAGUGCGGGCAUGACGUCCAUGGGGGGUGCGUCCCCCAACGUGCACCUGCAGCUCGUGCUAAAGCCGCGCAACCUCGCCAUGUGCCUCGCCAUCUUUGCCCCGCGCCGAGAGGUCGUUGAGGUGUGGCAGAUGGUGGGGGGUCCGCGCAUUGCUCUCUUCCGCUGUGCCAGCAACAGCCGCUUGCUGCAGCCAGCAGCAGUGAUCGGCGCCCCGCACACCACGCCCCCGCCCGACCCGCACGCACCGCCCACGUCGUCGCACUCGCUGGACAUCUCAAAGGGCAUCUCGUCCCUCCUGCACGGCUCCUCCUCCUCUGCCACCGCUGCCACCGCAGGCGCGCAUGGGGGAGUGGGGCCGGAGGGCGUGUAUGGGCAGCGGCACCGCGCAUUCAUCCUGCAUGGCAGCACAGGCCAGGUGUCAGAGAUUGUGCCAACUGUGCCGCUCACAGGGAGCCACCACGCGCCACUGGACGUGGGCAGUCGGCCUGGGGUUGCGCUGACAGAGAGCGACAUUUUCCAGCGCCUGUGCGACCUGCUGAAGCUCAAGCGCAACUCCCGCGCUGCUGCCAUCGCCGCCUUCACCCACCUGCAGCACAAGGCCGCUGCUGCCGCUGCUGUCAGUGGCGCGGGUAAAGGGGCGAAGAAGAAGCGCGGGAAGAAGAGUGGGCUGAGUGAGGUGAGCGAGGACGAGGAGGAGGAGGUGGAGGCGGAGGGGGAUGGGAAGGACUUGGCGAGGAGAAGGAGCAAGGGGGGUUUGGAAGGGGAUGACGCGGAGGAAGGGGAUGGGGAGGAAGAGAGGCAGCAGGGCGGUGUGGGAAAGAGCGAAGGGAAGAGCAGCCGAUUGAAGGAAUCAACAGCCAAGGAUGGCGAGGAGGAGGAAGGGGAGGAUGAAGAUGAGGAGGAGGAGGAAGGCGAGGAGGAGGUGGACGAGGAGGAGGAGGAGUUGCAGGGGCGGCUGUCUCUGCGCAUGCGGAGCUCGUUUGGGUGGGAGGGCAAGAAGGACGCGGACGACGAGGAGGAGCAGGUGCUGCUGCUCAAGCUCACGGCGGCUCUCGCCUCCCCUGUGCGCAAGCUGCAGGUGCUGGACCUGCUCAUUGCCACACGCCCUGCGCUCCCUGAGAAGUGCCACCUGGCGGUGAUGGAGGACGUGCUGACGUGUGUGGAGGAGUGCGUGGCGUACAACAAGCACGUGCUCGAAACCGAGAGGCAGCUCGCCCUGCGGCAACAGCAGCAGGCGGCGCAGCAAGGGGAGGAGGGAGUGGGGGCAGCGGGGGCGGAGGGCGGGCUGGGGAGGGCGGCGCUGGAGGGUGCAUCGAGCCUGCUGUCAGGGGGGCUGGCCAUGUGGAACCGGCUGGGGCAGCGCGGGGAGGCGGACAGCGGUGGGGGUGGAGAGGACGCAGGCGAGCGGGCAGGCAGGGAGGGCUCUCCCGGGCGAGCCAAGGAGGCGGCGGCAGCAGCGGGCGUGCUGGCGGGGGUGGGGUUGGGCGGCAGGAAGAUCCGGCGCGUGGAUGAGAAGCUGCUGCAGUACCUGGACCAGCGCUGUGGCCUGCUGCGCUGGCAGCGCCUGCUGCUCAAGGUCUUCAUCAAACUCAAGCGCGACCCCGACGCGGGUGAGGACGGCGCGGGCAAGGCAGGAGGGCGCGAGGAGGAUGGGUUGGACCUAGACGUGGAGCCCGAGAGGGGCCCCGCCAUCGGGUGGGAGCGGCGCUGGCGGCGGUGGCGGCAAAUGCGGGGCAAGGGGGGCAAGGUGAGUGAGGCGGAGGAGGCGGCGCUGGUGGCGGAGUCGGAGGAGCGCAAGGCGCGGUACCAGGCGCUCGUGGCGGACCUGGGCGCGUGGAUCUCCCUCUGCGAGUCCGAGAGCGAGUGCAACUACCUCUGGAUGGAGAGCAAGGGCAAGGCAGGCGGGGGUGGGGGAGCAGGGGGGGGGAAGGGCGCAGGGGACGACGCGGGGGGUGCGCCGCCGGCGAGCGGAGCGGAGGAAGGGGAUGAUGCUGUGGAGAGUCCGCCUCCCCCCAUGACGUCCACUGACUUCCUGCGCGCCUUCUCGUUCGACCCCUCCUGGGACCCCCGUGACACACGCGAGGCCAGACAGAGGGCCGCGCCUGGCGGCGGCAGCAGCAAGGGGCGUGAGGCGGGCACGGGGCAGGAGGAGAAGCAGGCGAGCAGGAAGGGCGACCUGUUUGGGUGGGGCAGCGACGGCGCGCGCGGCGACGACAAGGGCUUUGGCAUGUGGCUGGCCACAGGCAGCGAGCCAGCAGACCUGCGAGCCCUCGCACAAUUCGUGAUGGGCGGCAUCCUGCAGGGCGAGGCGGGCGUGCGGCGGGUGUUUGAGAUCAUGGACGUGGUGCGGCUGUCGUGGGAGGACUGGCAGAGCCUGUUCCUGCUGUGGUUCCGCGCUGUGAAGGUGGACGAGCUGCUGUCCGUGGACCUGGACAUGCUCAUGGACGUGCUGCACCGCAUCAGCGGCCGCAUGCCUGACAUUGAGGCGCGCCUUGCUCUGCCCGACGGCUGGCAGUUCACGCCCGCCGCCACCGCUGCUGCGACUGUCCACGGCCGCCCCGUCCCCGGGGCAGAUGGGGGGAAGGGCGCGGGAGGGGGUGGCGGGGGAGGGGGGGGUGCGGGGCAGGCGGUGCAGGGAGGAGGAGGGGGAGCGGUGAUGGGAGGGGAGGGCGGGGUGGGCAAGGCGGACUCGAGGGAGAAGUUGGAGAAGGCGCCGGAAGGGGGGCGGUACCCGCUGUUCCACGUGUGGUGCCACAACACGGGCGCCGUGGCCAAGGGGCUGUUCCUGGCGCGGCUGUGCGCGCAGGUGGGCAAGGAGGACCUGCAGCAGCUGGCCGCCGCGCUCAUGAAGGGGCACAUGGGCACACGCAAGCGGCGGCCGCGGCGCAGGAAGGGCGAGGAGGAGGGCGAGGGCGCGGACGAGGAGGCGGCGGAGCUGGACGACCAGUGGCUGCAGCUGGCACGAGAAGAGACGUGGAUCGAGCGUGGGCUGGAGCAGUGGUUGGGGCUGGCGAACAGGGUGGAUGACGCGUGGAUCCUGGGGCGCUCCCUCGCACACAUCUGCAAGCUCUCCACCGCGCGCGGCUACCCCCUCACACGCCCCCGCGUGCCCGCAGCGGCAGAGGUGGGGCAGUUUGCAGUGGCGCAGUGGGUGGCGAAGCUGCAGCUGCUCAUCUCGCCCUCUGCCAUUGUGGUGCAGCACCUGCACCGCUCCCUGCUCAAGAUCGGCCGCCCCUCCUCCGCUCGCCAGCUCGGCAUCCGCCUGCUGGAGGAGGGCAAAAAGAUGGAGGCGGGGCAAGGGGGGAAGGAGGCCAGGCGCGGGAGGCGGAGGCGGGAGGGGCGGUGGGGGGAUGUGCGGGGUAGCAGGGUGGGCGAGGCGCGGAGGAAGGAGGAGGGCGAGUGGGCGAAUGAUGAGGGCAGUGCGGAGGGUGACACGGAGUCGCUGCGCGGGUCGCACAACAGCCGCGGAGGCAGGGGGCGAGGUGGGGGGGAUGGUGAUAGGGGCGGCGGCAGGGGAGGAGGGUCGGGGUCGGGGCGUGACGAGUGGGAGAAGAGCGGGAGUGGAGGGGGUGUGGAGAGGAGCGAGAGCGAAGGGGGCGAUAUGAGGGGCAGUGGGGGCGGGGGAAGUGUGAGGGGGGCAGGGGAGGAGGACGCGUCAUCGGUGGUGGACGGACACAGCGGUGCCAGUCCCAGGGGCUCCACCAGCGGCAGCGGCAGCGACUGGCGCCAGGGAGGCUCCGAGGGCGGGGGGCGCCCAGUGGGAGGGGGCGGGCGGGGCAGUGGGGGAACGGGGGAGCGGGACGGAGGUGGUGGUGGUGGUGGUGGUGGCGGCGGCGGCAGUGGGAAGGGCCACAGCGGGCCGCUGGGGCGGCGCGCGGCGAGGAAGCCGGUGCCCAAGGGCAGCAGCAUGCUGCGCGCUCGCAAGCUGCUGCUGGCGGGGGAGUCCAUGCAGGCAUCGUCCGUGGACGACCUGGAUGACCCCGACCUGCCUGAUGACGACGACGCCAGCACCGGCAUGCGCCACCGCAUCAUGGGCCGCGUGGGCCAGCGCGGCACUGCCAAACCCAGAGGCGGCGGCGGCGGCGGUGGCGGAGGAGGAGGGUACGGCGGGGAGGCGGAGGAGUGGGCGGAGGGGGGCGGGGAGUACGAGGAGUCGUGGAACGGGGAGGUGGAGGAGGAGGUGGUGCGUGACCCGAUAGACGAAACGGUGGAGCGAGAGGAGGUGGAGGAGGCAGUGGAGCUGCUCAAGGAGAUGCUCGUGCGCUUCCCCGAUGCCUGCCACACGGACAUCCUGGGCGCCCACCGCUCCAUGGAGCUGUGCCGCCAGUGGGGCCAUGCGGUCGGGCUGGGCGACCCCCUCGCUGCCCCACCUGCUGCUCCCAGCGCUGCUGCUGAUGUGCCCGUGGCGCCCUCGUGUGGCCCGCCGCCCACCGUGCGCGGAUACGAUGCGGACGCCAACGACCUGCUCUUCUUCACGCACGAGCAUGUUUCCACUCUCUCCACGGUCGCGCUUAAGGGCGGCAUGGUUUGUCGCAUCUGGAACAUGCUGGCUGGCAGGCGGGCGGCAGCGGCAGUGUCGCUGAUGCAGACGCUGGCAAGGGCACCGUCGGAUGAGGAGUGUGAGAGGGCCAGCGGUGAGUUCAUGCAAGGGGGGGCCACGCAGAGGCACUCUGCACGGGUUGCUUACCCCGCCGCAUCCAUGCAUUUCUGGGUCUCCUUUGUGAACCCCCUGACCCCUCCACAUGUCCCCGCCUUGCCCUCUCCCUCACCCUCUCUGCGUGCAGGGCUGGGGUGCACGACGGCAGCGGAGGCAGCGGGGUCACUGGGGGCGUACGAGGCGCUGCUGGUGCUGCUGUUUGACUGCACGCUGCUGUCAGAGGCGGGGGACGACUCUGACCGCGCCACCCAGGAGCACGAGGUCUUCCUCUGCAACAUCGACGACACCUGUCGCGACGCCAUUCGCGAGUUCCGGCGCAACACGCCAAGCAGUGAGCGCGUGCACGAGUACAUGCUGCUGAUGCGCACGGUGGGCGUGGCCAUGGCUCUCAACGUCGACUACGUGCCCCUCGCCGCCAUGUUCCGCUCCGGCCUCCUCGCCUCCUUCCCCAACCUCGUCACCCCGGUAACCAUGCCUCCUCCCUGCUCCACCCCUCCUUGUCGUAAGCCCCCACUCAAUUCCCUCCCUGCUAUUGGUCCCCUCUCACAUUCUUAUCCGUUUUAUGUUCCAAACACUUUUCUUGCAUCCCCCUUCACCCCUCUCCUCCUCCCCGCCCUCAUCCUCCCAUCCGCCGUCCCUCCAUCGCCCCAUCACCACGCGCAGUCCCCACCAGACGUGGACGACGGGUUGGACGAGACGAAGCGAGCAGAGAUCCGGCUGCAGUUCCUGCUGGCAGUCAUCCUGGCACAGCUGCGCCACGGCCCCGUCACACGCCCCGACCACUUCCUCGCGUCCACGUCGCGCACGGGCAGCGGCACGCGGCUGCGCGUGUUUGAGGCGCGGUACAAGGGCUCCUCUGCGUUCAUGCUCGCGGGCGACCUGGGCGUGCCGCACGAGGAGCUCAAGCGCCGCCAGGUCGCACUCAAAUACCUCAAGCAGUGA